CUUUUACAAAAGAAUGACACCUGUCAAUAUUUUUUGUUUAUGUGGUUUGUUUUGAUUUAAAUUCCGGUAUUAGGGUGUAAACCUUGAAAAAAAAACCUAUUUCAAGCAGCCAUGAACGAUUUGCCAAGCAUCGUAGUAGUGAGCUCAAGCAACACCAAACCGAAAUCCCUAAUUAAGCUUAUAUCAAAAGCCAACCCCACUGAGGACCCUUCGGGGGUCAUUAAACAACCCUGGAAAAUCGACACAAAAUACUAUUCCUCAAUAGUUAACCUAAUAGGCCUCAAUGAAUCUUAUGAACGAAGCAUGGAGUUUAACAGUAAAGUGGAGGCUCUUAUAAUGCAUAUGGAUGCUAAUAAAAGCACUGGUUUAGAGGAUUUGAAACGGUGGAGUGGGUUGAUGGAAGACUGCGAUUCUCAGGUUAAAUUGUUAAUAGCAAACUACUGUAAUGAUGACACAAAAAUCUCAAAAAAUGACGUGACCGAGUGGUGUUUAGAGCAGAGGUUCGAAUUUGUCGAGCUGUAUCCCUCACAAACAGACAAUAGUGAAGAACAAACUAUUAUUCCAGAGAAGUUUGGGAUUGAUAGGGUUAUCGAAGCAUUACAGGCACACACUUGGUCAAAUCUUGUCAUGAAAAAAUCGUGUAAAAGUGCCAUAAGGAAAGCUGAUGAUUUUAAGGCGGACCUUCCAGAGGAUUUAUUGGGUGAAGAUGACUUUACUGAACUCUUUUCACAAUUACAUAUGAUGAAGGAUAGUCUACAGUCAUUAUCUGCGAGCCAAAGGAAACAGUGUGCCGAACAAAUGGUUACAGCCUUUUGGCAAGCUAUCGGGGGAGAUGAUGAGGAGUUAGAGUAGGUAGUUAGAAAUUAUUAUAAGUUUAUGUGAUUAAAGAGAUUUUAGUUGA